AUGUCGGUGGAUUGGAAUACCGUUCACCAAACAGUGUCGGACCACUGGGACACUUCUGUCGUUCCCGGUCUUUCAGAGUUUCUUGAGGUUCCAAACCAAAGCCCACACUAUGAUAAAGAGUGGGCGACGAAUGGCCACAUGAAGAAGGCGAUGGACGUCGUGGUUAAAUGGAUAGAGAAGCAACCGAUCAAGGGAAUGAAGUACGAAGUAUUCGAGGAUGAAGGCCUAACACCCUUCCUUGUCGUUGAGAUCGAGGGGACAGAGCCAUGCGCAAACACGCUGCUAAUGUACGGGCACGUGGACAAGCAACCUCCACUCCUUCCCUGGGGUGAAGGCCUUCACCCCUACAAACCCGUGUAUCGUGACGGCAACUUGUACGGUCGUGGAUCCGCUGACGACGGUUAUGCAGCCUAUUUGGCAAUCAGCGCCGUGGCGGCCGUUCAGAAACAUGGGCUUCAACAUGGCAAAGUUGUCGUCAUCAUUGAGGCGAGUGAAGAGUCGGGGAGCAUGGACUUGCCCCAUUACCUGCGCAGGUGCAAAGAUCACAUUGGAAAUGUCGACCUCCUCAUCUGCCUUGACAGUGGUGGUGCCAACCACGAGCAACUGUGGCUGACGACAGCGCUGCGAGGUCUCUGCGGGGGCGUGCUGACGGUUGAGACCAUGAGGGAAGGUAUGCACAGCGGUAUGUCUGGUGGCGUGGUCCCCGAUUCGUUUCGUAUCGCACGCAUGCUUCUGGAGCGCAUUGAGGAUACAAAUACGGGCAAUGUGAAGAUACCUGAGGCGAUCUGUGACAUCCCCGAACAUGUCAUCAAGGCCGCGGAAGUAAUGAGGUCCAUACCACUGAAAAAGAUGUUCGCUCUCCUUCCCGGCGUUGCAGCGGAAGCGGAUGACAACGCGGAGCUUGCCCUGAGGAGUUCAUGGAAGGCAGCCCUCACUGUGGUAGGCGACAACCUUCCGGACACCGCAACAGCCGGUAACGUCAACCGUGCCAAAACCACUUUGCGCCUCUCUCUCCGAAUCCCGCCAGUUGCGGAUGCUGAGAAGGUCAGUGCGGCCAUGAAGAGUAUACUUGAGGCUGAUCCCCCUUACAAUGCAAAGGUCAAUUACACCUCACAUCACGACGGCACCGGCAGCGCCACCCCGGCCUUAAAACCGUGGCUUGCCCAAGCGCUCCACAGCGGUUGUGAAACUGCCUUCGGUAAGACUUAUGCUUCGCAGGGUGUUGGUGGAACCAUCCCCUUUGUCGCGAUGCUGCAGCAAAUGUUCCCCGAGGCGCAAUUCCUCAUCACAGGGGUCGUGGGACCGAGGAGCAACAUCCAUGGACCGAAUGAGUGUCUAAACGUGCCAUUUGCAAAGGGUGUCACCACUUGUGUUGCGCGCGUGAUUGCUGAACACUUUCACGCAACGCCAAAGUUGCGAAAGGAUUAG